GUUGGCGUGUUGUGUAUGCUCUUUGUAUGUGGCUAUAGACAGUCUAAAGAGAGAGCAGAAAUAGUUGGCAACGGGAGCUAGUGGUGUUAUUAGUAGAGUAGUAGAGUCAAUUUCUCCCUCUUAAUUUCCAACUUCCACUCAGCCGUUCCCCUGUCUAUCGGUGAAUCGCGUGGUGGUGGAAACUUAGUCUCGCGGAAUUCUCUUCGAAAAUGUAGAUAUAUAUGUAUACAAGUAUAUACAUAACCGAUUACAGAGAAAGAGAAGAGUGAGGAUCUCUAGGCGAGAGAAUUCAAAACGUUUUAACAGGAAUCCAACUGGUCGUAGGACGAAGUAAAUCGACCACGAAACCGCUCCCAAAGAUCAGGCCAGUGAUAUAGUUACACCCCCUAUCCGAAGAGGGGAAAUGCAACAGAUGCCGCUGAUAAGCGUAAGCAACGUCGCAACAGGGGGAUCCAGCAGGAACGUAGACUACCACUCUGCAACCGUCGCCACCGCCGCCGCUAUCUACAACAUUUAGGAAUGUAAUAUUUGACUUAGAAGCACACCUCUGCCAGACAGAGAGAGAAAGGGAGAGAGACUCGUUCCGUGAGGCUCUGUGUGUUGUAGCCUAUGACUACUGUAAUACACAGUAAGCACCACUGAAGAACACACGAUAGGGCCAAAGGGCAGAGAAAAAAAAUAGGGAUUCGUUAGAGGAAGAGACAUACAGAGAGGAGGAAAGAGAGAGAGAGACGUCUUCACAAGUGUCCUUACACGUUGAGUACACUCGUUGUCGCGUGCGUGCAAGCCAGCAGUAGCAGCAAGCUCCUCUCGUUUUUUCCUACUCCUACUCGGUUAUGGAAUGAACCGAUGCCCGACUGAAUUCUACGGUUAUCCGUGGUUCAGGUUACACUGCUGCUAUCAUCGACGUCGUGCACCAUCAUCAUGACGCCGAUGACGCGUCCACCGUUCCUGUCAACGCUGGUGCCGCUGUUACUGCUACUAUUGUCCCCAAGUUCGAUCAUCAUCCCACUACUGUGUACCGCGAGCGGCGAUGGUGGACCGAAUAGCCCGAUCUUCAACCUGGACAACACCGCGCUUGAAAAGAAUUUGGCGGCGAUAUUUAACAAGGUGGCGCACAGUUCAGCAACCACGAAGCGUAGCGUGCCCGCGUACGAUGCUCAAGUCUCGGCCAGUACAACCUUAUCGACGGUACCGUCGCCUUUGACGACCACAACGACGACAACGACAACGACAUCGCCGACGAACCCGUCGAUACCAUCCGUCAGAUAUCCUCCUGUUCCACGAGCAACCGUGUCGCCAGCGUUUCGCGAAUUACCCUCGUACGCUCCCCCUUCACGCGCCCUCUUCACCCCGCCUCUGCCACCGGAGUACCUUCAUCCGUUUGCAAACAAACCAACCCUCAGAGGAACCAACUCGGACGUGCAUUCAGGACUGAAGAGACCGGUGCCGCCACCUAGCGGCACGCCCGCACACGAGAGGAUACCCAUCAGGCCACCUGACCUUCAGGGUCCAUCUCAAGUGCCGGAAAGGCACUCCCAUUCCAGAAACAAGCCUCUGAACACGCCUAGCAAGGAACAGAACGUUGUAGAGAGCAGUGAAUUGGAUAGAAGAAACAAUACCAACGAGUUUGUACCCACGUUACAUUAUCCAAGUAUAUCAAGGAUAUUGUCAGGGAGCAAUGGACGAAAACAGGAUAUUCCAGAGAUACUUCUGAAGCCUCUGGCCACGAAAGGCCCACCUCAAAAUGCGCCCGUGGUUCCUACAACUGAGAAGAUGACCACGCCGUCCACUACAACGGCCAGAACGUCUAGCACGCUAGACUCUUCCAAGUUUGUUACACAACCGACGAUCUUCAACUUGCCCAACACCAGGAGGCACGACGACGACGGUUACCACGGGCUCAGGCAUGAGAACGGCUUCAAAACGGAGAACAUAGAGAUCGUGGAUACAGAGAGGUUACCUUAUCCUCAACCACAGCCUCCAGCUCCGCCACCGAAGAGGCCAAAUGAGGCUGGUGAUCGUAUCGUGCCGCCGGUCGACACGCAUCCCCUCGAAUCCACAUGGCGGAUCGCCUGGUUUCUCCACGUAUACGUGGCGGCGAUUAUGUUCACGUUGAUGGCCCUAUACUCGAUCUACAAGAUCGUCCGUUUCAACGAGGCAACGAAUCUCCUAACACAGUCGUACUUCCUCACUGUUCAUCUACUUCUCACGACUGUCUGCACCCUUAGGUGCUUUCACCUAUUUUAUGACGCUUACAAUCUAGGCCAUUCGCUACCCGAGCCUCUGUCCAGAGUGCUCAUGUAUCUACCUGCACCGUUACUCUCUACUGCGUUCGCCACGUUGGUAUUGUACCUGGCUCGUUGUUCAGAAGCCUCGUCGCUGAACAACAGGUUCCUCUCGCCAAUAGCGCUGGCUCUAUCUGCAACGGUGCACAUAGUCCUCUGUGUCUCACUGCACGUGUCCACGCACGUGCUAGGUUAUCAGGACGAAGCAAAGAUACUUCCACUGAUCUGCCAGUGCAUCUAUAUAAUUGUAUGCGUGACCUUGGGUCUGGGUUAUAUGUACGUUUACCGGGUGGUACGUUCCCAGAUUCUCAUGACGAAUAACAAAACAGCGGGAGCGAAUCAUAUAGUUGGUGCAGAUCCAACCACUAUGGCUUUAAGCACCGCCAUUACAACAAGCAUCGCAACGGCGCUGUUCUUCAUCCUCAUGGGUUUCGUUCAGUUAUAUGCGAUUUUUGGUAACGUCCAGGAACGACCACAAUCCUCCUAUCGGUGGCUAUGGUGGGGAUGGCAAUUCUCCGUUAGGUUGUUGGAACUGGCAGUGUGCGGUCUACUCGCAUGGGUGGCCAGCCUGUCCCAGUAUCCACUGCGGGAGAAACAGCUGCAGCAGCAUCCAGUUCAUUCUGGAUUCGCUCUGUUUCCGUGCGGCAGCUCCACGUCCACCGAGAACCUGGACGAUGUUCUUUACCCGGCGAUCUGCAGCACAAACCAGGCGAUUCAGAAUUACACGAUGAGAACUGGGAAACAGGUUUACGACGAUAGCUUCCCGCUGAACACGCUACCCGAGCAUUUGAACAUAUCAGGUACCUUCGAGAGACAUUCCAUUCGCAAGUCAGGCACCAUGGGCCAUUUCCCACACGAAGGCCGUGGCUCAUUAAACCGGCACGGUAAUGGGAUACAAACUCUAAGAAAUUCCGAGAGCCGCGGCAGACACACGCCUGUGCAACAGACCGGCGGCAAUGUCCACGAGCAGACGCCUACCACGGGCUCGACGAUGCUGGUCGCCGAGGAUGGAUUCGUCAGGUUCCGCAGCCUGGGCGCGGAGGACGACGAGCUAUCCGACACGCCUAGCGUGGUUGGCACCCAUGGCAGGGGAAGCUCGCUAGCUGGAAGCGUGAGAUUCAACGCGAGACACCCAACGCUGCAACAUCAGCAUCCUCAUCAACACCAACAUCAACACUCGUUGCAGCAUCCCCAUCAGAGUCAACACCAGGCUCACCACCAGUUGUACAUCAAUACGUAAAAGUUUGUUGUUCC